AUUCCCGUUUUGGCCGGGUAUACCGUGUUGUUGUUCGUGCUUUCCUCAGCCCGACAAUCUCUUUUCAACGCACAGACCACCAACGUCAAUGUCAAACAGCGUCAACGACGUCGCUGCUCCCAAUAACGAUCCAAGGGCGUCCCCGCCGUUUGGUGGUCAAGAGAGCGAUCCCGAGGGGGGCGCUGAUGACUUCGAGGUAAUACCUGAAGAUAAGGAGGACGCGGUGGAGUCGAUCCAACAAGGGGAUGUUGCAGGCGAGAUUGAAAUAACGUCGUCUUCUGUCUCUUCUAGUCAAGACGCUGAGCCUGACGCUGGCGAGACUCAUGAUGCAGCUUAUGGUCUUCCAGCCCGUCCCCCUUCAGAUUCUGAUAGUGGAGAAUCGGACAAGGGUUUGAAGCGCAAGCUUGCUGACCGUGGCACGAGUCAGGGGCCGGAGAACCUGGUGCCCUUACCCUCUGCCGAGCCCGCCAAGCGUCCUAGAGAUGAUACCGACAAAGAUGAUAACCCUCGCGAAUCAAAGAGACCAUCGCCUCCCCCCGAACAGAAACCUGUCGCGGCAGAGACAUCGACACUCAAACUUGGAGGGUUUAUGGCCUAUGCUGCCGCAGCAUCUCCGUUUGCUGCCGUCAAAGGUCAGAACAUCUUCUCAGGAGCUAGUUCUAGCACGUCCAAAAAGCUAUCUGUUUCACCAUCACCAUCGCCAUCACCCACCCCCCCGCUAACGACCAAUGCCCCUACGCCUUCUCCAUUUGUGGGCUUCGCCUCCUCGCAGUGGUCGGUACAGCAGACGCCGGCUAGCACGGCAACCAAGCGUACAGGCUUCGAAGCCUUCAUGGGCUCUACUUCUCCUUUCGCAACAGCAGGAGUUUCUCCCUUCCCUUCUCGACCCAAGUCACCAUUACGUGCCAGCGGAAAGAGCGCUCUCGGAAGGAGCAGGUCACCGAGACGUACCCCUCUCAGCAUGAGCAACGCAUUCUCAUCAUAUGCUAGUGGUGGCGUGCAAGCUCUAUUUUCUGCGCCCCAUCCCAAGCGUGCUAGGGCAGAGUCGCCCAACGGGGGGUCGUCGCGCAGUUCGCUUGAACGGACGAGCAGCACUAGAGUGAACUUAUUUGAUUCAGCAUGGAAUGAAAGUGCGGACGGCAGCGGAAGUGGGGAGGAAGAUGAUGAUGAGGAGCAGGAGCGUGAGAGACCACCUUCAACGUUUGGUGAGAUACUGCGUGCAGGUAGGGAUGAUGAAGAGAACGAGCCCGAGGAUGAGAAGGAGAAGGAGAAGCUGCAAGAACAAGAUGUUGUAACUGGCGAAGAAGAUGAGGAAACAAUACACCACGUGCGCGCCAAGCUCUAUGCUCUAUGCCCCCAGAACCAGUGGAAGGAGCGGGGUACUGGCCUCCUCAAGCUCAACGUCCGACGGUCGGACGGUGGAGGUGCUCGUCUUUUGAUGCGCAAAGAAGCGGUCUACACAGUUAUACUGAAUGUUACACUGUUCUCCGGAAUGAAAUGCUUUAUUGCACAGGAUCCACGAUAUAUCCGGUUGGGCGUUAUCGAAGAUGGGGUCACGACACAUUACAAUCUCAGAGUUUCAAACGCGAAGAUUGCACACGAUUUGCUAGAGGAGAUCAAGUCUAAUAUUCCAGCUUGACAUCCAGAGUACCCUUAUGUUACUUUACUGCUCGUGAUGAUCAUGCCUUGCUACAUUUAACAUUAAUGUUGUCUUUAUGUACAACCACAGGACCCUCGCUGCUCCCUAUAUCGCAUGUCCACCGGUAGCAAGGAGCCUCCAAAUCACUCAUCCUAUGGUCCUAAAAGUUGCGUCUCGGAGUUCAUGGGCCAUACGAUACGCCAUGUCCGACGGUACGCCCCAAAAAGCCUUGGAGAACUUGCUUACCCUCGAUUGUACGUUAACCGACAUUCGUGUAGCCCUAAACAGGCACUCAGUACUCAAUAAAAUGACCUACCACUUAGACCUCAUCAAUGGCAUGCAGUCAAGAUAUAGAGUUCGCAGUGCAAGCCCAUGUUACAAGUUGAACAAAACCCGUCUUUUCCACUCUGAGCCUCAGUGAAACCCGCUCAGAAAUGUCCUGGUAAAGCAUGCUGGCUGUUUGUUAGACGAGUUGAAGAAGCUUCGC